CUAUCUGACCAGAGAUUUUUUAAUGGGUAUAUUCAUGUCAGUAUAGAAUAAUACUCAAUUCUUACGAGUACUAUUUUUUAACGUAUAAUUUACAUUAUUUAAAAAAAAUUAAGUUUAAUAAAAUGUUGUUAAAUUGCUUUAAAGUUUGUCUUUUGCUAUUUUAUAUCGAAUAUGCAAGUCAUAUUAUUUUAGAAAGCUUUGGUCAAAUAUUGGAGCUCGAUGAAGGCGAUGUUUGCAAACGAACUUUGGAUAACUCACAACCACAUCAUAUUUGUCGACAUCUCAAAGAUUGUGUUGCAGUACAUGAAUCACUUAAAAAGCGUAAUUAUCCCCGAAUUUGUUCUUUUGUAGGAUUUGAACCUAUUGUAUGCUGUCCGUCUUAUAAUAAAGUAACUCCAACAACGUCAAAGAUAACAUUAACCCCUAGUAAAUCAGGAACAUCACAAUAUGCCGCUAAAAUGUGUAAUGAGUAUAAAAAGUUACCAUUUGAUUUUCUUUCGUUGGGUUUUCAUGAAGUUAACAAAAAUCAAAAUAAAAAUUUAAAUGAAGCAUACUAUAAAGAGUUUCCACACAUGGCUUUGAUAGGUUAUGGUGAUUCAGAAAACUCAAUAACAUGGGAUUGCGGUGGUUCAUUGAUUAGUAAUAGAUGGAUAUUAUCAUCAGCACAAUGCAAUAAAUCAGGAAAAUCUGCUAAUUUUGCACGAUGGGUCCUCCUUGGUUUAAUUAAUACUGAUUGGAUAGAUGACAAAGACCGACAAGCAAAUUUGUAUGAAAUCGAAAAGCGAGUACUGCACAAAAACUAUAGACCGACAUCGAUGUAUUAUGAUAUAGCUUUAUUCCGUUUGAACAGAGAAGUUGAAUUUUCAGAAAAUAUCAGACCUAUUUGUUUGAACUCAGAUCAUUUAUUCAAUCCUACAGAAGUAAUCGCAACAGAAUGGGAUCAAAAUGUUACAGUUUAUAGCAACAAUAAAAAACAAACUAAAAUACUACAAAAAAGUAUGCUGAGCACCAUAUCAGAAAAUGAAUGCAAUGCUGUUUAUUCCACGGGUGUUAAUAAACAAUAUGGAAUUCAAAUAUCAGGUGACAGUCAAAUUUGUACUAAGUAUGUGGAAGAUACCUGUGUGCUUGAUACAGGAGGUCCAUUACAAGUAAAAAAUCCAGGUGGUGAAUUCACGACAUAUACCCAAAUAGGUAUUAUAUCAUUUGGAAAAUCAUGUGGUUACCCAGGUGUACCAAGCGUGUAUACUAAAGUCUCCGCUUUUAUAUCUUGGAUCGAAGAAAACGUAUGGAAAUAAAAAUCAAGAAAUAUUUAUUUAAUGAAAUAAAUUUAUAAUUAAUUUAAUUAGUAUUUCAUGAAAUAUUUGUAAUUAUCGACGCAAAUAUUUUCAUUAUUAGACAUUCAAAUUUAAGCUUUAAAACAUUUACCAGAACACUCAAAACUAAAAUGUGAUUUGUGUUGUUUUAAACUAUACAGAUUAAAUCAUAUUGUCAUUAUUAUAUUGCUGAAUUUAGUUUUUGUGGUAAAUUUUGUUUUUAUAUAAUAAAUAAUAAAAUGAACAUUAAGUUAAAAUUAAAUUCACUUUUUAAAGAUAAUAUUUAAAAAACAUUGUAAACUCCCAAGAAAAUGUUAGGGUUUUUAUAUACUGGUUCAAAGAAAAUGUAAUAGAAUGCUAGUAAGAUAAUUUGUUACUAUAUUACUUAAUCAGUUUAAAUAAAUGUUUUAAAAUAUAA